AUGCAUUACAAUGAAACGAUAUUUUUCAGCAAUGCAGCAAACACAAAACCAGAACACUUUGAAGAAUAUAUGCUAUUACUUUCAACUGCAUUGGUAACGAUAGCUGGUACUGUUCUUACGUGCACUGGCGCUGUUUUGCCACCUUUUGCGACGGUUUCAUGUUUUUUUAACGUUUUAGCUUUCAUUUCUUUAUCUUUAUUUUCAAUUUUGACUGGGCUGGAUCAAUUAUCAAAGGGAAUUGUAAUACUAGAAGACCUAGUCCAUUAUCUUCCAGAUGAUAUUAUAUUUCCAAAUACUGAAAGAGCAAUUAAUUUCCAGGAUUUUUUGAAAGAAAGAAUAACUUUUGCACAAGAAGGGCAACGUCGCUGUGUUUUUUUCGAUUGGUCCAACACUUUUUCUAAUCACUCAAAUAUCAAAGAGUCCAUAUGCAUCAAUACUGUUACUCUUGAUGUUUUAUCCAAAAAUACACGACCAAUUGCUUUGGACUUAGCAAAGCAAAAUUCGUUUUCAGAUAAAACCAAGAUAAUUACAGUAUUUUAUAAAAGAUUCGAGAAUUUAUGCAAUCUACUCUCUCCAAUAAUGUAUAAAGAAAUUACAAAAGUUCUGAGAAGUGUGAGUAGGGGUGCUUGGGAAGAAGAAACUAAAUUUGAAGUAGGUGGAGGUGGGUGCAACAAUGAGGGAAGUACGUCAGCAGAUGAAUGUCCAUUUUUCAGUAUAAAAUUUUAUGUAGAUAAUUUACUAUAA